AUUUUCUCUCCAUUAGACUUUCCCAUUCUGCCAGUACUUUACCGGUUCCGGCGACCCCUCAUGAUCCAUCCCAGUUGUUAGCUCACCGUUACACCGCCGGAACCCUAAACAUCCUGAUUCUUAAAAACUCUUCUUAACCGAUGGCUCGACGAUCCGUUCCCAUCAUCAAGCAGCUCCUCUCCAAAUCCAGCUCUUCCGAAAAUCCAGCCCUUUUGUCUUCAUGUUUCAAAUCCAAAAUCGAUGCUCAAAAUCGAUCCGUCACUUACAUGCCCCGACCAGGAGACGGCGCUCCGAGAGGCGUGACCUUGAUUCCCGGAGAUGGAAUCGGUCCCUUGGUUACUGGUGCAGUGGAGCAAGUCAUGGAUGCGAUGCACGCCCCUGUUUAUUUUGAAAAGUUUGAGGUUCAUGGCGACAUGAAGAAGGUGCCUCAAGAAGUAAUGGACUCGAUUAAGAGGAAUAAGGUGUGUUUGAAGGGAGGUUUGGUGACUCCUGUUGGCGGCGGUGUGAGUUCGCUUAAUGUUCAGCUGAGGAAAGAGCUUGAUCUUUAUGCGUCGCUUGUCAAUUGCUUUAAUCUCCCCGGGCUUCCUACCAGGCACGAGAACGUGGAUAUUGUUGUGAUUAGGGAAAAUACAGAGGGUGAAUACUCUGGUUUGGAGCACGAGGUCGUUCCUGGAGUUGUGGAAAGCCUUAAGGUGAUAACAAAGUUCUGUUCUGAGCGUAUUGCUAAAUAUGCUUUUGAGUAUGCUUACCUCAACAACAGAAAGAAAGUUACUGCUGUGCACAAAGCAAAUAUCAUGAAACUUGCUGAUGGUCUCUUUCUGGAAUCUUGUCGAGAGGUCGCCACAAAGUAUCCUGGGAUAAAGUACAAUGAAGUUAUUGUAGACAAUUGCUGCAUGCAACUGGUCUCAAAGCCUGAGCAAUUUGAUGUUAUGGUGACACCCAAUCUAUACGGAAAUCUGGUGGCAAACACAGCUGCUGGUAUAGCUGGUGGCACAGGAGUUAUGCCGGGAGGAAAUGUUGGUGCCGACCACGCUGUUUUUGAGCAAGGAGCUUCAGCAGGAAAUGUGGGGAAUGAUAGGAUAGUGGAACAAAAGAAGGCAAACCCGGUAGCGCUGCUCUUAUCAUCUGCCAUGAUGCUGAGACAUCUCCAGUUUCCAUCUUUUGCCGAUCGAUUAGAAACAGCCGUGAAGAAGGUGAUUUUCGAAGGCAAGUACCGAACCAAGGACCUCGGAGGACAGAGCACGACGCAGGAGGUUGUCGAUGCAGUCAUAGCUGCUUUAGAUUGAUGAUCAACCAAAGGAGAAUAGCUUUAUCCUACCAUUUAUUCAUAAAACAGUUUUAGAAUUUUGGAGUCGUCAGAAUUCUGCCCAGUUUCCUGAAGAAUCAGGAAAGAAAAGAAGAUUUGUUUCAGUUUUCCCAAGCAUGAGAGCUGUGAAUGCGUUUCUUGUUCCAAUAAUCUCAAUUUUAAGACAUCAAUUUGUGCUGUUGUAUUAGAAUUGCAAAUCUGAAAGAGAGCAAUUUUAAUUUACUUG